UUCAAACCGAAAUCACUGAGAGCCAUGGAACCAUGGAACCGAAAGCGGAGAAGCGCGAGCACGUGAUAAUCUUUGACGGUAUUCUUGGCAGCCAUUUCAAACAUACUCACGUCGGUGCCGUCGACGGUGCAAACAUUAUUGAGCAGUUCAGUAGCUAAUGUCGUUAUGGAAGUGUUUACAAAGUCUUCCUGCGACAGUGAGCCUGGCGUUUCUGCGGCAUCGCCACUGGAUACCAGUGUCACCAGCGCCAACAAUGUUGAAAGGGUCAACCGUCAGAUUUCCAACAUUAAGAAGAUGCUUCACAUCCAGAAGGAAGAAGUAAAGAGUGAUAUUGAAGAGGGUGUGAAUGAAAUUCAGAAGCAGCUUCUAGAACAGCUGGAAGAUGUGUUCAAAAUCAAACUUAAGCAACUCAAACAGAUUGAGGAAGAAGCAAGGAUCAGCAUGGAGAACACAAUAAACCCUGAAGUAUUCUACACAUCCGCACCUAUGCGGUCUUUAACAUCCUUUGAUUGGCUUCUGAGCCCCCAUUUAGUGCCCAGUACUCUUGGUUACCUCAAGGCUUGUGAAGCUAGGCCUGAGCACCUUGUGCUUGUGGAUAACUAUUCCUCAUUUCUGUACAGCACUGGAGACAGUGUGCGAGUGUACUAUAGGUGCGAAAUGGGCCGCGAUCCUCUUCUUUUCGAGUUCCUGUCUUGCACUGUUCGUGACCCAAGUGGCGUUAAUGUAGACCUGCACAGUAGUGACUUGAGAAAUGGAUGCUAUGUGGUCGAGUUCAUUGCAAGCCAGGAGGGACGCUACACAGUGUACAUUAGGCUUUAUAAGGUGCCCAUACAGGGAUGUCCUUUCUUUGUUGAAGUUUCAAAGAACCAGGACUCUGAGAUUCUAAGUGGCACACAGUCUGGGGGCAAGCAGGCUGUUCCACCAGUGACAACGGCCACGAAAGAAUCAACACGGAAACGCCCAGCCAUCAAUAAGGAGUUUUUUCAAAAUGCCUGCAAGUCUGUUAUGACAUACAACAGCCAACUUGACUCUCUGAGUAGGACAGCCUUGAAACCCAGCACGGGUAAUGGAAACUAUAUGCAAAACCAACAACCUGUGGCACGUGAAAAAAGAGGUUUUACAGGAGCACACCACUCAGGUCAAAAUCCCACCCCAGCUAUCCAUUCUGUUCUGCAUUCAACUGCAUUAGAGGUAGGUCGUGACAGUCAACCAGCUGCGAUAGAUGACUCGCCCAACCUCUCGAGCAUCUCUGGCAAUAGUUGUGAAGAGGGACAAGUGCGAUAUCCCAGAAGUUACGAGCCACUGGCUGCAUCAACCCCUUUGGAUCAGUCAUCUCCAGAAUUUUUGACUGCUGCUAGUUCUUUAACUCAGUGGCCGUCAGGAAAGGAUAAUACCCUAAGAGGAAGCACAUUAGGCGAUUCUGGGACAUUAAUUGAAGAUGCCUGGCGUCUUUUGCAAAGUGAUGUGUCACCUGCCACUUUCAACGAGACGCAUUCCACUGUGGAGACAUCACAUCGGGCCGAAGCAUUUUCCGCCCUGUCAGGUAACAUCAGGGCUAGGCUUGCUAUGGAGGUUAAAUGCUUUCAAAGAAAUGACCAUUUGCGGUACCCAAUCGGUGUAUCUUCUACAAGGGAAGGGAACAUAAUCGUAGCAGACACUGGAAAUCACAGAGUUCUUCUAUUUGACUCUCGUGGGACUGGCCUAUGCACAGCAACUCUGCCCAGGCCAUAUGAAUUGCAACGACCAUCCGCUGUUGUGUGUUUCAAUGAUGGGAAGUUUGCUGUCAAAGAUGAUGUCUGCAUCUACAUGUUUUCUAAGCAUGGAGAAUUCAUUCGCUCGCUUGGCAAAGCAAAGCUAUCUAGGCCUUAUGGUUUGGCACUGGAUCAUGAAGGAAUGUUAGUCACCCUUGCCUUAAGGUCACCAGCAGAACUUUGGCGUUUUGAUAUUAGUGGAGUGAGAGAAUCUGCAUCUACUUACAUGCCUCUCUUUCCAAAGCCACCUUCUAACUCCAAGUGCAGGUUUCUCGACGUCCAUGAGGAGUAUCUGUUCGUGGCUGACCUAGGGCUGAGCACCAUAUAUAAAAGCAGCCUUGACGGUUACAAUGUGUGCUCGUUUGGAAAGAAGGGGAAAUCUCUAGGCCAGUUCUUUGAACCUUCUGGUGUCAGUGCAACAGAAGAAGUUCUUUUCAUAGGUGAUAGCAAGAAUAACCGUGUGCAGGUGUUUGACUUCAACGGCGGAUUCCAAGGUAUGGUUAAGUUCUCAUCCACCAUAGCACGGCCGUCAGGAAUCUACGCAUCCAGUGACGACAAGCUAUAUGUGCUCAACUACUUGCAUGGAAUUCUCAAGGUUUUCCAUCUUGACUGUGAGAGCUAGUGCUACCAUUAGCCAUGUGAACCAUAGUACGCAACCUUCAUAAUGUUUGUCAAGAUUCAUUCAUAGAUGUACAGGUGAUGAAUCAAUGUGAUAUGUCACAUAUUCAUUUUUUCUCUGAGUGUAUCUCCAUAACUGUUGUUACAAGCAGCAUGUUUGUCUGCAUUGGUAAGGUUGCAAUCUUUCUGUGAUAUCAAGUAAAUCUACAUCAUUUCUAGGUAUGUAAUUUUGGUUUCACAGAGUAUCAGAUACGCACUAUGCGAGUGCCUAAUUAUAUAUCUUCCUGAAUGGAAUUAGUGCAAUUAAUUGGAUAAUGUAGCACAUUUGAUGAAGUAGACACUCCAUGUAGAUAUCUAGAGAGAGAUACAGUGCCUUAUUCAUCACCACAAGUCAUAUAGUAUAAUAUAAAGACCAAGUUUGUGUCCAAUUCUCUCUCUGCCCCUCACCCCACCCCACCCCAUCCUCUCUUAACAUAAUAUUCCCAAGGAAACAUUUCAUGAUAACUCCAUAUUCAUGUUAUGAGGUGACCUGCUUCAAGAGUUAUACCGAGUGAUACCUUGUGAUUGCACACCUGUGUUUGUUUGGUUAUCCUACUAGCAAUUGCAGAAAGUGCCUAUUUCAAGUCUCUUUACAAACCACGUAUAUUAUUUAUUUCUAGUGCUGAGGACCAGUGCAAUAAAGUAAUUCCUACCUCAGA